AUGGAAAAUGGCACUCUAUCUGUUGGCAGCAGCGCGAAAUUGGUCAGAGCUGUGAGGUAUUACGGCAACAAAGACAUCCGAGUCGAUCUCGGGUCCGACUUUGCUUUCGACGCAUCCGGUGUGCAAGCUACACUUACUGCUGGCACCCGUUCACUCAGGAAAUAUGGAACAUAUUACAACAUCGCCAUCUGGGGUGACCCGCCCAACAUUGACCUGAAUGAACUUUUGUUUAGCGGUGUAACGAUCAAAUCGGAAUUGGCGUUUACAAAAGAGGAUUAUGUUUCUGUUAUCGAUGCUAUCGCGUCUGGCGCGAUUCCGCAGGAAAGUCUGGAUGUGUUCAUUACCGCUCGGAUAGAGAUGGAGGAUUUGGUGGAAAGGGGAAUCAAAGAGCUCAUCUCCUUCAAGGAGCGACAUAUCAAGAUUCUUGUGCGAGUAGACAAGAAGCUGGCAAUGCCUACCUGA